AUGAACCGUGUUCGCUCGCUUGCAGGGGCACUAAACUCUGCUGGCAGCUCCGCGAUCCGACUUCACAGACGGCCUAAUCUCCCUCCGCUUAUCCUACAGAAAAGAUAUUUGCAGCUGCCGUAUGGACCGCAGACCCCAGGACCGCCAGAUGCCGGGCCAGCUGGUCCUAAUGAUGAUGAACCCAAGAAAAGUGGCAGCAAGCACGAUGGCGGUGCCAAAUUUGACUGGAAAGGAACUGUUUUCAAGAUGACUGAAGCGGCACUGACUACCUUCGCAUCUGUCGCAAUCCUAGGUGCCUUUGGCUAUGGCUAUACUAGAUAUUACAAGGAUAUGGUCCUCCAGAAAAUCGACAAUGCCUUCAAACCUGGUGACCCUGUACUGGAUCUUGCCGCCACUGGGAAGCAGGGAAGCGCAACGGGCGGCCAAAUUCUCGUUGAUGAGGACAAGAACCGCGAGCAUUGGGUCUUGCGUGAAGAACAGGACCUCAUCGACAAAAUCGUCGCGGGCGAAAUACGGGGUCAAUAUCACCUCCUGGUCGGCGAGAAGGGAACCGGCAAAUCAAGCAUGCUAAUUGACGCAAUGGCAAAAAUCAAUGGUGAAGGUUGCGCCAUGUUCGAUGCGCACGCGAGCGCCGAGAUCUUCCGCAUUCGCCUUGGAAAGGCCUUGGACUUCGAAUAUCAUGAAGACAACAUUGGUUCGCUCUUUUCCAUUCGAGGUCCACGCGAUGCUGGUCCCAUUCUUGACAUCGAGCGAGCCUUCAAUAAGCUGGAAAAGAUUGCGAUGAGGCGGCGUGCUGAAAAAGGCCGGCCUCUGAUUCUGAUCUUCAAUUCGAUGCAUUUGCUGCGCGAUGAUCAGGACGGCAAAGACCUUCUGGAAUUGAUCCAGCAGCGAGCGGAGCAAUGGUCUGCAAGCAAUCUCGCCACUGUAAUAUUCAACUCGGACGAUUACUGGAUCUACGAAAGGCUCAAGCAGUAUGCGACCCGAAUGAAUGUCAUUCGCAUACUAGAUCUCGGCAAGGACAGAGCUAUGGCUGCACUCAGAAAUUACCGCACAAAGUACCGAUUCGAGGAGCCAGCAGACAGCAUACUUGAACAGGUAUACGACAAAGUUGGAGGGCGUAUGUCGUACUUGAGCCGAGUCGCAAAGUCAGAUGACAUGCUAGAGAAGGCUGAUGAUAUCUGCCGAAUGGAGAAGACUUGGUUUCUCAACCAAUGUUGGAUUCUGGGCGGAGAAAUGGAUGACGAUGUAAUGGAUCAGCAGAAGUAUGCUUCCGCCGCAAUGGUGCUGGCAAAGGCGCUAGUCGAUAAGGAGAAGCAAAUGGAGAGGACAUACGACCCAGAGCAAGGUCACAUCUUGCCUGAAAUUCCAUUACACGAGGCGCGACAAAUCAUGACGCGCGCCGAUUUCAUUCAGAGCUACGAUGCAAUAAACAUCUUCGCAAUCGACAGUAAUGCGCAAGUGCGCGCAGACUCUGUGCCAAUGAUGAACGCUUUCCGCGAGAUAUGCGCACAGGAAGGCUUCGAUGAAUUCCUAAAAGCCACGCUUGAGAGAAUUGCCGACAUCGAAUCACUCGGCAGAACCAGAGAAUUGACCAUCAAAGACCUUUGGGAGCGCGGACAGUACCAGAUUAAGAUGGUUGAUGCACGUGGACGUCCUGCUGGUGGUAUUAUCAUGGAAGCAGAACCCAAGCAUCACUCGCUCGUCGGCAACGAUGACGAUGAAAAUGAUGACGAGAAAGAGGACGGAGAGGACAAGGGUGAUGGUCGGUCCUAA